AUGGAGAAGUACGGAACGGUAUUGAAGACGUACAUCGUGCACGAUGCCCGCGGGAUAAGCAAAGGAUUCGGCUACGUCGAAUUCUCCUCAGUCGACGGAGCCUGGAACGCCAUCCAGAACCUGCACAUGCAGGUGCUCGAAGGCCGCCAGGUCGUCUUGCAGUACGCUCGCAGUCAGCUGAAGAAACGCACGUAUAAAACAGCACCAUCCAAUACCCUUUAUAUCGGCGGAAUCCCCUACGAAUGUUCAGAUCGCGACCUGCAGGACAUGUUCAAGGAUAUUCAAAACGUCGUGGACGUACGCAUCCCCGUGGACCGUCGUUCGGGUCAGAUCCGCGGCUUUGCGCACGCGGAAUUCCUCAACGUCCAGUCUGCUGAAAUAGCAAAGCCGCUUCUCAAAAACCUGGCGCCGUAUGGCAAGCGUUUGCAGGUUCACUUUGCCGAGCACAAGAGGGUGGGUGUGAUGGUUGGGGAGAGUGAUCGGAACCGAGCACUUGAAGCGCACCGGGAACGGGAACGGGACGAGCGAGAGAAAGAGUUGGAGAGAAUGGAGAGUCAGCUGGAGGAUCGUUUCCAUCGAGUACCUUAG